AUGGCCAUCGCCGAGAUGGAUGUGGCCCAACUUAGCACCCUGGUCCAGACGGCUUUGCGCAAUGGCGCCAGCAUAUCUGCGAUCACAUCACAGAUCCAGCAGGCGUUCAAUGGCGUUUACCAUCCCCGCAUCGCUACUACUCGCAAUCUCGAUCUGUCAACAUUGAUAUACCGCAUCGGUGGUCGUCCACUUCUUUAUGCUAUGAAUCACGCGCUUGGCCUUCCGUCCCUCCGUACACUACAGAACCAUCUCUCAUUCAUCCGCAUCAUGCCUACCGUUGGUGAUAUUACGCGAACCGAAAUCGAUCACAAUCUUCAAGAGGUUGUGGUGAAGCCAUUGACAUCGAGCAGCCCCGACACACCGCAUCGUCGAGGUGCCAGCAUCCUUAUCGACGAAGUAGCCAUCGAAGAAGCGGCUUGCCACUUCCGCCACUCUAACAUGGUUGGUGGUCUCUGCUGGAAGCAUUCACGCUUCUCCGACCUCGUUCUCCGCACCUACGAAUCCGCGGUUGACCUUGCAACAGCGUUGGCCAAAGGAAGCGUACAUCUUGGGAAGGAGAUGACGGUUGCCUCCGUCUCUUUCUUUGGUACCGGACACUCACGGACUUAUCCCAUACUCGCCGCGCCAACGUGCAAACAAGAGAACGCCCAUGACAUGAUCCAUAUUUUCCAUUCGCUCAUCGGAGGUUAUAACCAAAUCGCCGCUACCAUGAUGGGACCGCUCUGGUCGGUUGCGACCGAUGGUGACGCCACUCGUCGCAAAGCGGGAUACAAACUCUUCGUCACGAAAUUUCUUCCAUUGUCGUCACCGAUCUACCCCACCAUGAGCAAACUCCUCGGAAUCAAUCUACUUACUGGCGAGGGCGAGGUUACACUGGACUUCGACUGGAAGCACAUCGAUAAACGUAUCUGUACCCUCAUUCGGUCGGCAACCGGGGUAGUGCUUGGCCCCGGACGUUUAAUCAACCCUUCGGCCCUUGCACACUACCUUGAACUCGUUGACGGCCAAGAUACUGACUCGGUCCAUGCGCUCCUCUACCCAUCCGAUCCACAAGAUGUACCCCGAGCCAUCGAGCUCAUGCAGGCUAUCGUCUCACUUCGGUCUUUGCAAUUGGAUACGCGCAACCCCGACAUUAUCGCUGACUUGGAUGCCAUUCGGCUGCUCUCAGACCUCUGUGAAUCAAUAUUGGAGGCGUACGUCAAUCCAGAUAUCUCACUGACCAAACAAGUCGAAUACCUCAGCAAAUACGCCCAUCUCUCCUUUGCAUUCUUUCGACAACAUCGUCUGGCCUUCAUGUCAAAUCAACUUUACGGCGAUUCACAAUGCAUGGUGAAGAAUGCUCUCUUCUGUAUUUCCAAACAGCAGGUCCUUGAUCCAUCG